ACACAGCGAGCGUACCUGAACGCCUCACAAGCGCGCGGCAGGAAGAAGCUUCUUUUUAAUCUUUGCGUACUCCUCCGAUACUUUGAUUUGGGUCGGGCACUUAUAAAGUUCGGAUGGCAUUUUCAAGCAGGUUUUGGGUCAUGUGGGUGACAACAGGGCGGUGGCUGCUUUUUAAGCAAACUGCAGUUUAAAGAUGGAGUAAAGUCUUUUUUGAGUGAAAAAUCUUCCUUUCCGGAGUGGGACAGCAUGAGGAGUUACCCACAAUGCAUCGCCUUUCUGGGACAGUUCGGACGCUUCCAGCAGAUUGUUUUCUUCCUGCUAUGCAUCAGCAUCGUGCCCAACGGCUUCGGCGCCUUCACGCUGAUCUUCCUGGCGGACACGCCGAGCCACCACUGCCGGGUUCCGGACGUCAACCUCACCGAGGACUGGCGCGGCGCUAUCAUCCCGGUCCGGGUGGUCGACGGCAAGCCGCAACCCAGCAGCUGCAGCCGGUACCGCCUGGAUGUGGUCCGGAACCUUUCGGAUAUGGGAUACAGUCCGGAUCAGGACGUAAAUCUCACCACCCUGGAGGAGGAGACGUGUAAGGACGGCUGGAUCUAUAGCAAGGACAUCUACCAGUCCACCAUUGUCACUGAGUUCGACCUGGUGUGCGACCAAAAGUGGAAGAAGCCGUUCACCACCACCAUCUUUUUUGUGGGCAUCCUGAUCGGCUCCUUCUUCGCCGGACAGCUCUCAGACAAAUGCGGAAGGAAACCCAUCCUCUUCGUCACUUUGGCUCUCCAGACCAUCUUCACCUUCAUUCAAGUCUUUUCCGUGUCCUGGGUGAUGUUCACCAUCCUCCUGGUCAUCAACGGUUUGGGACAGAUGUCCAACUAUAUGGCCGCUCUGGUCCUAGGAGCAGAGAUCUUAACAGGCAACGUUCGCCUGCUGUAUUCGUCGUUGGGAACUUGCUCCGGAUUCGCCGUAGGCUACAUGCUGCUGCCGGUUUGUGCCUACUUUGUGAGGGACUGGAAAAAUCUCCUGCUGGUGCUGUCCGUGCCCUGUCUGGCCUUCUUCCCUUUCUGGUGGUUCAUCCCGGAGUCUCCUCGGUGGCUUCUCUGCCAGGACCGGGUCGAAGAGGCGGAGGCCAUCAUAAGGAAGGCGGCCAAAAUCAACAAGGUUCAGGCCCCUGGUGUCAUCUUCGAAGGCUAUGUGGCCAAGGCCAAGACGGACCCCAAAGAGCCACACAGCAUCUUGGACCUGGUCAGGAACAGCAACAUUGCUUUCAUGACGGUCAUUCUCUGCUACGUGGCCUUCACCAUGUCGGCAGGAUACUACGGCAUCUCCUUCAACACCACGCAGCUCCACGACAACACCUACCUCAGCUGCUUCAUCUCCGGCGCCGUGGAGCUGCCGGCGUACGUCUCCAGCUGGCUGGCGCUGCGCUACGUCUCGCGGAGGCUGUCCGUCAUCGGCACCUUGGUGCUCGCCGCCUUAACGCUGUACGUCAUGCAGCUGGUGCCUGAAGGUUAUUCCAGCCUGUCUCUCCUGUUGGAGAUGGUGGGCAAGUACGCCAUCACCACGGGUUUCGGCCUGAUGUUCGCCUACACCACCGAGCUUUACCCGACGGCGCUGCGGAAUACGGCGACCGGAAUAUGCAACACGGUGGCACGGCUGGGCAGCUGCAUCACGCCUUACCUGCUGGAGCUGAGGUCCUACGCCAAGUUUCUUCCGUACAUCGUCUUGGGAAGUUUGGCGGUUUUGGCCGCCCUCGCCACCAUUCUCCUUCCUGAGAGUUUUGGGCGACCUCUUCCUGACAGCAUGCAGGACAUACGCCAGAGGGAACGCAUCAAGUGCCCCUGCAUGCCGCAAGCUGAGUCUCCUGUGACUGUGGUACUUAUGGACAAUGCCAAAGCAUGAAAUGUAACAUACACACUACUGUAGGGGUGUAACGGUAGGCCAUCAAAAUGCCUGCGUUAAUUUUUUGCGACAGUCACAACAAGCAUAGCAAGCAAGCAAAAUAGAAAACUGCAUAGCUUUUGUGCAAACAUUGUUUUUAAAAGUAAACCAAUAAACUGCAAACAGCUGCCAGGUAAUUUUACAAUAAUCAAAAUCUUGUGAAAUGUAAAAAAUGUUUAGUCAUAUACCGCAUUUUCGCAUCGGAUUAUAAGGCGCACUGCCGAUUAACGGUCUAUGUUCGAUCUUUUUUCAUAUAUAAGGCGCACCGGAUUAUAGGAUGCAUUAAAGGAGUCAUAUUAUUAUUAUUUAUUUUCUAAAUGUAAAACACUUCCUUGUGGUCUACAUGACAUGUAAUGGUGGUUCUUUGGUCAAAAUGUUGCAUAGAUUAUGUUUUACAGACCGUCUUCAAGCCGCUUUCUGACAGUCACUUCCGAAUUUACGUGGCUCACCUUCGGCAGCGUCUUCUCCCCGUCAUCUUUGUUGUAGCGGUGUAGCGUGCAAAGAUGGGAGUGGAAGAAGUGUCAAAAGAUGGAGCUAACUGUUUUAAUGACAUUCAGACUUUAAUUAAAUCAAUAAUGGAGCAGCAUCUCCUCAUCCGGAAACAACAACGCCGGUAAUGUGUCCCGUGAAAAACCGGUUCCUUGGGUGAAUAAUGUAAACUCACUACACCAGUAUGUUUUAGCGCUUUCAUGGCGAGUUUACUGACAGAUAUAAGUAAGAACUUUACAUCACUUUAUAUUAGAACAUGGCAACUGCGGAGGAUGAAUGUCACAUAAGAAGAAGAUAGAGAAAAAGAAAAACUUAUAGACUACAGUGCGCAAUUUUUCAGGAUUUAUGCAGAUCCCAAAUACAGAUAAGCAGGUACCAGAAGGUAAGAAAAGUUGCUUUUGCAUAAUAUUGCGAAACAAAACGCCAGAUAAUAUGUCUUACCUUAUACACACACCAUAAUAAUACUUGUAUGUUGAAGCACAGCUUCAUAGCUUACGAAAGUCGUACUAAAACAUGUUGGUUUUUUGAGCGCCGUGUGUAAUGUUCUAUAUUUUCAAUGGAACAUAAAAAAUGUUGGUGUUGUUUACUUGAGUCAUUUUGCAGUCUACACAUAUUUUUUAUGUGUGACUGCCAUCUACUGGUCACACACAUCAUUACACCAUGUACCAAAUAAAAUUGCUUCGAGGUCGGUAAACACAACCAGAACUAUUCCGUACAUUAGGCGCACCGGGUUAUAAGGCGCACUGUCUAGUUUUGAGAGAGAAAAAAAGGAUUUUAAGUGCGCCUUAUAGUCCGGAAAAUACGGUAACCAUUUUCAUCUACUACAGCGCCAACCUUUCUGGUAUUAUUUUAGUCUUUGCUAUUGCAACUUUAUUAUUUUCUUUUCACUCUCUCACAAUAUGACGACUUUCGUCUUAUAAAAUUUAAUUUUUUUCAUAAUAUUUUGAGUUUUCCCCGCAUAAAUUUGCAGUAUUUUGCCCUAAAAAAAGUUGUUUCUCAUGCAAGCACAGCUUUUUUUUUUAGAAUUUCAUUUUGUACAAUUGCAAUCACUUGAUGUAAAAUUAGAAUUUUUCGGAAUAUUCCGACCUAUUCCCCCCGUAUGGUUGUAUUCACCUGAAUUAACUUUGCCAAACUCGAAGUAGUGAGCCAGCGUUCUUUCUCGAAGAAAAAUGCCCUAUGCUGGCGCUGUUUUCGUUUUUGGGACCGUUGAAAUCUCGAAAAGGAUUAACGCUUCUUUGAAAGGUAAUCAAGAAAGGCGAAAUAUGUCAAGAUUUUACAGAAGACGGCAAAAUAAUAGGAUUGCAAGGGAGCAGAGUCGAAGAACGCACAAGUUUGCAGUGAUCACUUCGUUAAAGUUUUGUUCAAUAUACUUUAUAUAUAUAUAUAUAUAUAUAUUCAUAUAUUAUUUCCCACUUGUAUUUAUUAAAACACAUUUUUGCUACUAGUGUUUAGUAAAGCAUCAACUCGGCAAGUCUGAAUAAAAGAAAGCAAAUGUGAGCAAAACCUAAAAGAGUUAAGCUUUUAUCAAAGGCAGCAAUCAUAAAUGAAGCUUUCAGCACGUACACAAUGUUGACAUUUGUAAUUGUAUUUUGAUAAACAAUCAUAAAUGAAUCUUUCAGCACAUACACAAUAUUGACAUCUAUAGUUAUAUUUUGAUAAACAAUCCUAAAUUAAUCUUUCAGCACGUACACAAUGUUGACAUCUGUGGUUAUAUUUUCAUAAACAAUCAUAAAUGAAUCUUUCAGCACGUACACAAUGUUAACAUCUGUUGUAAAAUUUUGAUAAUCAUAAAUUAAUCUUUCAGCACAUACACAAUGUUGCCAUCUAUAGUUAUAUUUUGAUAAACAACCAAUGCAGCUGAGAUAGGCUCCAGCACCCCCGCGACCCCGAACGGGACAAACGGUAGAAAAUGAAUGGAUCAUAAAUGAAUCUUUCAGCACAUACACAAUGUUUACAUCUUUAGUUAUAUUUUGAUAAACAAUCAUAAAUGAAUCUUUCAGCACUUACACAAUGUUUACAUCUUUAGUUAUAUUUUGAUAAACAAUCAUAAGUGAAUCUUUCAGCACUUACACAAUGUUUACAUCUUUAGUUAUAUUUUGAUAAACAAUCAUAAAUGAAUCUCUCAGCACUUACACAAGGUUUACAUCUAUAGUUAUAUUUUGAUAAAGACGGGGGAAAACAUGCCACUCGUUAACAGCGCGUGCAACAGCAACAAACAUGGCUGUAGACGCAAAGUUAAAUCAAGAAAUGCAAUCUUACCCAAGCAAAAACGAUGCAUAUUUAUCCGGUAAAGUCUUGAUACAAAUUUCCUUGACUCAGCCACACACAAAGAAGUUGUAGACCUCCAUGCUUUUCCAUGUUUUCAUCCGUUUUGUCGUGUAGAAUGGUGUCUGUAGCACAAGAUAGUUCGAUAUGUCUGGGAACGCGCCCAACAGAUAAUCUUUGGUAUAACUUAUAACAAAGCAUUUUUUGAAAGUGUAUAGGGAUCGUUUGAUUUUUUUUGCUCGUAUCAGCUGUUUCUGGUAAGAUCUAGGCCCCUUGCAUACUCAGGUAGUUCACUUUAUAUUUGCGGCAGAGUAGCCAUGUUGGUUUGGUGGCCCACCACUUCGUUUAUUUCCGAACAAAAGUCUUAUGACUGAAUACAACCUAUUUGCGGUAUUUUAUUAUAAAAUAAUUAUUUCCCAUACAAUCACAGCUAUUAUGCUCUGACACAUUUUGACUUUCAUCUUGUAAAAUUGCAAUAAUUUCCUGUAAAGUUUGGACUUUUUCGAAUAAUUCCGACAUUUUCCCCCAGUAAAUUUGUAGCAUUUUCAUUAAAAUUAAAUUUUUCUCUUAUAAGCCGAACUUUUUGUAUAAAUUGACAAUUGUUUAUCAUUUUCUUUUCUUCUUGUAAAUGUUUCACUUUAUUCAUAAUCUGAAUUCAUUCUCAUAACAUUGCCAUAUUACAACUUCUUUCGUAUUACAUAAAAAUGUUCAUCUCGUCUUUGAUAACAAAUAAUAUAUAACAGUUAAGGUUGGUUUUUAGUGCAAACAAGUCAAAGUUUAAAGCGUGUUAAAGGCCUACUGAAACCCACUACUACCGACCACGCAGUCUGAUAGUUUAUAUAUCAAUGAUGAAAUCUUAACAUUGCAACACAUGCCAAUACGGCCGGGUUAACUUAUAAAGUGCUAUUUUAAAUUUCCCGCUAAACUUCCGGUUGAAAAUGUCUAUGUAUGAUGACGUAUGCGCGUGACGUCAAUCGUUGAAACGGGAAGUAUGCGGACAUUGUAUCCAAUACAAAAAGCUCGGUUUUCAUCUCAAAAUUCCACAGUAUUCUGGACAUCUGUGUUGGUGAAUCUUUUGCAAUUUGUUUAAUGAACAAUGAAGACUGCAAAGAAGAAAGUUGUAGGUGGGAUCGGUGUAUUAGCGGCGGACUACAGCAACACAACCAGGAGGACAGAGAUGGAUAGCAGAUGCGCUAGCCGCCGAACUCACCUUAACUUCUUCCGUCUCCGGGCCGCCACCGACUGCAUCUGUGAUCGGGUGAAGUCCUUUGUCGCACCGUCGAUCGCUGGAACGCAGGUGAGCACGGGUGUUGAUGAGCAGAUGAGGGCUGGCUGGCAUAGGUAGAUAGCUAAUGUUUUUAGCAUAGCUCUGUGAGGUCCGGUUGCUAAGUUAGCUUCAAUGGCGUCGUUAGCAACAGCAUUGUUAACCUUCGCCAGGCUGGAAAGCAUUAACCGUGUAUUUACAUGUCCAUGGUUUCAUAGUAUUGUUGAUUGUCUAUCUAUCCUUCCAGUCAGGGGUUUAUUUAUUUUGUUUCUAUAUGCAGUUAAGCACGAUGGAGCUCCGUAGCUUAAGUGUUUCGCCGAUGUAUUGUCGUGGAGAUAAAAGUCACUGUGAAUGUCCAUUUCGUGUUCUCGACUCUCCUUUUCAAGAGGAUAUAGUAUCCGAGGUGGUUUAAAAUACAAAUCCGUGAUCCACAAUAGAAAAAGGAGAGAGUGUGGAAUCCAAUGAGCCAGCUUGUACCUAAGUCACGGUCAGAGCGAAAAAAGAUAUGUCUUGCACUGCAUUCUAGUCCUUCACUCUAACAUUCCUCAUCCACAAAUAUUUCAUCCUCGCUCAAAUUAAUGGGGUAAUCGUCGCUUUCUCGGUCCGAAUCGCUCUAGCUGCAUUGAAAACAAUGGGGAAAUGUGAGGAGCCUUUCAACUUUUGACGUCACGCUACUUCCGGUAUAGGCAAGGCUUUUUUUAUCAGCGACCAAAAGUUGCAACUUUAUCGUCGAUGUUCUCUACUAAAUCCUUUCAGCAAAAAUAUGGCAAUAUCGCGAAAUUAUCAAGUAUGACACAUAGAAUGGAUCUGCUAUCCCCGUUUAAAUAUAAAAAAAUUCAUUUCAGUAGGCCUUUAAUGAUUAUUUUACUUGUGAGAAAGCUUAUUCUUGGUUAAAGUGCUUUUUACAUAGUUCAAUUCUCACUUUCUAUUAACAAGACUACCAUCUUAUCCACUUGUUUUUACUGUUUAUGUAUUUUACAGAGAAGGCCAAGAUUUCCCAAACCGAAUACUUUAACCACAGACCAGGGUUUUCAAGCACUAGAUUCUACUUGGCAUCAUUGCUGCAUUAGUUUAGCAAGUAGUUACGUGACACAAGGUUACAUGUACCGUUACACUCCUACACAGUAUACACAUUUGUUUAGUUUUUUUUUUUUAAACUUCUUCUGACAUUCCAUGGAAAAUCUGUACUGUUCCUUUUAGGGUACUGAAUUAAAAAGUGCUGCAGGGUUUUUUUUCAGUGGAUUUAUAACUUUGCUGAGUUUGAAUUAUGUGAUGUAAUUCUAUAUUUCAAUGUAAAAGAGCUGAAACCGACACGCACAGUGAGGCUGUAUGCGCACAAUGACAAUGGUGGUUGAUGUAACGUUUUCUUUCCAUUUUGAAAGCUUUUUGCAAUGGUAAUGGUUUGUUUUGUUGGGUUUUUUUUCUGUUUGUAAAGUUUUUACAGGAAUUGUAAAUGUUUUUCCAUGCAAACCAGGUAAAUGUUCAAACCAACAUUGUUUUACAUGUUAAUCAAGGUGCUGAUAGCUUUAAAUAAACAAACAUCAGGUAAUUACAGUGUAACCUCGAUUUACGAACCUAAUUGGUUCUUGUACAUUGUUCGCCAACCGAAAACGUUUGCAUAGUGAAACAGAUUUCCCCAUAAGAAACAAUGUAAACAUGACUAAGUGGUUCCAGCCUCGACAAAAGUCCCUGUUUUAUAUUAAAAAUGCAUACUUUGAAGACACUAAUAAUGUGUUUAUAAACUAUACAGUCGAGGUUUGUGGUUUAUCCCUUAUGCAGUGCUCUAUACCGGGGUAGAGCAGAAUAUACGUUAGGUCAGGAAAAACACA